GAUCUCAUGACGUUAUUAUUCUGCGACCAGACGUUUAUGCGACUCCCACAGCGAUGGCGAGCGGUAAAAAGAGUGCUCUCCUCUCCUCUUUGGCGGACUAUGGGGACGACUCAGAGCCGGACUCAGACCCUGAAUCCGAAGAGACUGGGGGGCCCGGAGUAGCUCUGGUGUACGGCUACGGUGAUGAUGAUCUGAACCGGACUGAGGAUAUAGAAGACAAGAUCUCUAGAGAUGAAGACAGCAGGGAGAGCAACUCGGAAAUGGAAGAAUCUGACGAGGGGAGGGAGCCAGAUGAAGUUGAGAUCCCAGAAGCAGAGAGAAAGGACCCCAAUGAGCUUGUUGCUCUUUUCUCAGAGAAGGUGAGGAACAUGUCACCAGAUGAGAUCAGGAUUCCCCCUGAGCCCCCCGGACGCUGCUCGAGCCAACUCCAGGAGAAGAUCCACAAGCUGUACGAGAGGAAGCUGCAUGGAGAUUUUGACACAAACAACCACAUCCAGAAAAAGAAAGAAUUCAGAAACCCAAGUAUUUACGAGAAGCUCAUUCAGUUCUGCGCCAUAGAUGAACUGGGAACCAACUACCCUAAAGAUAUGUUCAAUCCCCAUGGCUGGUCAGAAGACUCUUACUACGAAGCUCUAGCUAAAGCCCAGAAAGUGGAUAUGGACAAACUGGAGAAAGCCAAGAAGGACCGGACCAAGAUUGAGUUUGUCACGGGGACUAAAAAGGGCGCCAACCCCUCCAACUCUGCAGCGUCCACCACCAGCAACACCAGCACCACCACAGCCACAGACGCCCAGAAGAGGAAAAGCAAGUGGGACUCUGCGAUCCCUGUGACCCUGGCCCAGCCUGCCCUCAUCACCACCACCACCGCCACCCUGCCUGCCGUAGUCUCCGUGACCACCACUGCUAGCGGCACCAAAACCACCGUCAUCUCUGCCGUGGGCACCAUCCUGAAGAAAGCAAAGCAGUGAACGUUGUAUAUAUCUAUGUGGACAAGAUGCAGAGCUAUGGCAAACGGACUGAGGGACACUUGGUGUACCUUUUUCUUCUUUUCUUUUUUUAGAACAAACCUACAAACACACUCUGCUACACUUGGACAAAGACUUAACCGCCUUCUAUCUCUGGGAUACAUCUGCACUAUUGUAUCAUACAGCCAAAUUCACAGUUUGGUGAGAAAACUCAAAGACCCUCUGAAUCUCAGAAAGUGACGCCGGCUGAUCUAAUGCUGAUAUAAAAAUGUGUGUUGUUCUUUUUCUGAUAUGUCGGCAACAGUUGUUUGUCUAAAUAUGACGGUGACUAAAACGGAAGAAGGGUUCCAAACAGACGAGCUAGAAAUAUCUGAGCUGUUUUUUUAUUUUUAUAUCCAUGAUUCUGGUGCAGUAUUUCAACACCACUUUUAGCAGUUAGCCCAACAUGUGCAUCGGUUUUGUUUUUCAUCAGCAUAUUCUCCUGGCUCUGUAAGAUUUUUUACACUUGUACAUAUGUGUUGAUGAUAAGGUGAAUAAAUAGAUCAGAUGCUGCCUUUUCA